GGGAGGGCACAGCAGCUCCCAUUCACAUUUCCAAUGGGAGAUUCCUGCUGCUUUGCUGCUUUUCUGCUCCCUGGAUCACAUCACUGCGGGGGAAACCAGUGAGGCUCAGGAGACAGACAGACAGACAGACAGACAGCGACGUGGAGACAGAGAGACACAGCUGCAGGAAGGGAAAAAAAAAAAACAUUAUUAGGAAGCAGAAAAUGGGACCGGCUGCCACCUCACUCGCUCUCCUGAGUUUGUGUUCUCUGGGUGUUUGUGUCCCAACAGGAACAAGCAACGCUGCACCAACACAGGCGUCUUCAACAGAGGUGAAGAAGACACGAGGCGAUGUUCCCGACGUUCUUCCAGAGCCCGAGCCUACGAACCAGCUGUCGGACUUUGAAAACUCAUACAACUACGUGUUGUCCAGACUGGCCGGCAUGGACCAGGCCAUCCACAAACUCAACGUUGGUCACUACACGCUGGACGUCAAAGUCAGUCAGCUGAUGGACCGUCUGUCCAAGAUCGAUGCUAAGGUCGGGGAGCUGGAGGACAACAUCCGCGAGGUCCAUCAGCACAGCAAGGACAACCGCAAGGAGAUUGGAAGACUGGAAGGUUGUCACAAGGGUCUCAGGUUAGGAUACAAAUGCUAUCUGGUGUACAACACCUACGAGGAUUACGCAGGAGCGUCCAGAAAGUGUCUGGAACGUGGCGGCCGCAUGGCGAUGCCCCGCGACCGCAAAGAGCAGGAGGCCCUGGCCGACUACAUCAAGUCCUUCUUCCACCCCGGGAACUGGCCCGUGUGGCUGGGCAUCAACGACCUCCGCUCCGAGGGCCUGUACUUGUUUGAUGACGGGACGCGGGUGUCGUACUUUCAGUGGCGCAAGCACUUCCUGUCCACUCAGCCGGACGGAGGGUGGCGGGAGAACUGCGUGGCCAUGUCGUCGGACGACGGCGACUGGUGGGACCACUACUGCGACCGGAAUAUGAAUUAUGUCUGUGAGUUUGAUGAUCGAGUGGCACUUUAACAAAAACAUCAAUGUUUAUCAAAAAUAAUGGUCCAGUUCAUUUUCAGAUAACUUAUUCUUCCCCUUUAAAAAAAAACCUGGAUUGGUUUUCACAAGUGAUGAAGCCUUUAGACUUUCCUUGGAAACUUGGGUUAAAGGCACAGUUCGCUAAACUGAAAAUGUGCUCAUUAUCUCCUCACCACUAUGCCAGUGGAGGGGUGUGGGGAAGGUUUAUCUUCAGAAUGUUUUUCUCAUAUCUCAUAUCACCACUUUUAUUGACAUAAGUGGUUUAUUCAGCUUAAUUGAUCCUAGUAAAAAAAUUACCACCACAGGAAAUUAAUGGGAUAUAGAUAGAUAAAGAUUUUUAACCACUACGUGGUACACUACAUGAUUUCAUAGUUUAAGAAAAGGUAUUAACAAAAUGUAGUGAUAAGUUUUUAUGUUUAUGUUAGAUCAGUUAAAAUACACUGGUCACAAACACUGACAUCAGAGGGAUCAAGUAACACAUUUCCCACAGUCACCCAAUAAAUCUGGCAAAUUACAGAUUAACCUAAAGAAAACUGGACCCCAAACUAAAAGUGUAACAGAAGUCAAUGAGCAGAGACUAUACACAAAAUAAUUAACCGACAUAUUUUCAAAACACAAGCAACAGAAACCCCAGCUAAAGUAAAGUUGUUAACCCCCUUGAGACACAGAAACAAGUCUCCAACCUGGAUAUAUAACCUCCCAGUGAGGCUGAUUACCCUCAGCUGUGGAAGAACACAGGUGAAUCCAAUAGCUUCUGAUUAGCAAAGAAACCUGUGACCAAGACCCUGUUGUUUGUAAACCUGAAAUGUCACUCAAGUGUCUGAAAGCCUUGACAUUCAAAUUAAGCUUCGAAACAAGUUCAUUUACACUAUGUUCUUUUUUUUUAGCUUAAAUGUCCACAUUAUUAACCUAAUAAA